AUGCUAAUCAAAAGGGAGCUCCAAAUGGAUGAUUACCUCUCCAACCCACAAAGUGAAGAUACAAAGCCCAUCAUCUCCUCUCUCGAAACACCUAAACCGAAGAAAUCUAAAUCCAAUACCUCCUCAACUCCCUCUUCUUCGAACGGAUCCGCCACACCUUCCCCCACCAAGAGAGCCAAAUCGAAGGCAUCACCUUCUACUGUGGACCAAGAUGGACUUAGCGCCAAGGGGAAAUUCGCAAUCAUGAUUAUUGAAAAGGAUAUCGAGGCGUUAAAGAAAGAUGAGGUUGAAGCUGCUACCGGACUCACUUCUGGUCAACAAAGAGACCUAGUCAGAAAAGACGCGAAAGGCGCUUUGAGAAAGAGCUUGAUGGCUGUUGCUGAGAAAUUGUAG